AUGACAAACGCAUUUAUUGUUGGCUCAAAGCGCACCGCCUUUGGAUCUUUUGGUGGUAAGCUUAGCAACAUCACUGCAGCUCAGCUUGGUGGCUAUGCCGCCAAGGCUGCUCUCGCGCAGCUGCCGGCUAACACUCCUGUCUCUUCGACCGUGUUUGGUGUGGUCGCUCAUACCGAUCACACUGCCCCUUACACAUCCCGUCAUGUUGGUCACUAUGCUGGCCUCCCUAUAAAUGUUCCUGCCUUGACGAUCAAUCGCCUAUGUGGCAGUGGUUUCCAGGCGGUUAUCAACGCCAUCCAUGAAAUCAAGGUCGGUGAUUCAGACGUCGUACUCACAGGAGGUACCGAGAACAUGAGCAUGUCCCCAUACACGCUGCACGGUGUGCGUUUCGGUAACACUCGCUAUGGUGUUGACCUUAAGCUCGUCGACAGCUUGGCUAUCGCGCUUGUGGACCAGGUUCCAGUCCCUACCCCUAUGGGUAUUACCGCAGAGAACCUCGCGGAAAAGUACGGUAUUACGCGUCAGCAGUGUGAUGAAUUUGCGCUUCGAUCGCAGCAGCGCUGGGCUAAGGCCCAUGAAGAUGGCGCUUUCAAAGAUGAGAUUGCUCCCAUUGAAGUUAAGGUGAAGAAGGCGACCGAAAUUUUCGAGGUGGAUGAAUACCCUCGCCCCAAGACAACCAUCGAGACGCUCGCCAAGCUUCCUUCUGUGUUUAAGAAGGAUGGCGUCGUUACUGCGGGUAAUGCGUCCGGUAUCUGUGACGGAGCGGCUGCUAAUGUGAUUGCCAGCGAGGAGGCAAUUAACAAGCACGGCCUAAAGCCUCUCGCCCGCAUUGUUAGCUAUGGCGUGACUGCUUGUGAGCCUUCGAUUAUGGGCAUUGGUCCUGUUGAAGCCAUCAAGCUCGCCUUGAAGCGCAGCGGCUUGAGCAUUGCUGACAUGGAUCUUAUCGAAGUAAACGAGGCCUUUGCAGCUCAGUUCUUGUCGGUCCAGAAGGAACUUGAGCUUCCAAUGGAGAAGACAAACGUGUUUGGUGGAGCUAUUUCGAUGGGUCACCCUCUUGGUGCUAGCGGUGCUAGGAUUCUUUCGAAUCUGACCUACAAUCUCCACCGCCUUAAUAAGAAGUAUGCCCUCGGAUCCGCUUGCAUCGGUGGUGGUCAGGGUAUUGCAGUUAUCAUCGAACGGGUUUAA